CUAGAUUGAGUUCUAACACGUUAUCAGCCACGCUAGAUUCUACCAAGAGAGCAAUCACCGGAAAGAAAUCACCGGAGAAGAAGAAAGGAAAGAACAUAAGGACAAAAUGACCGUCAAAGAAUUUGAAGAGCUUGCGCUCGACGGAAAUAAUUAUCCUACAUGGGCUAUGGAUGUUAAAAUUAGUCUUUCAUCCCGUGGAAUUGCAGCUGCACUCAUACCACCUGAGGAUCCCCUUCCACAGGGAGUUGCACAAUUAACUGAGCCACAAAAAUAUGGUGCUUUAUACGUCAUAAGAAACCAUAUUCACCCAGAUCUGAAAUCUGAAUAUUUGAUGGAGGAAUCUCCAAGCAAUAUGUGGCAAGCACUCAAAACCAGAUAUGAACAGCAAAAGGCAGUUAUACUGCCUGAAGCUACUCAUGAGUGGACCCAUUUAAGACUCCAAGACUUCAAAUCCAUCGGAGCUUAUAAUCACGAGGUUCACAAGAUUUGUUCAAAGUUGCGCUUUUGCGAGAAGGAACCUUCAGAAGAGGAGAAGAUAGAAAAGACUCUAUCAACUAUGCUCCCAGCUGAUAGGAUCCUACAGCAACAAUAUCGUGCAAGGAAUUACCAAGUUUAUUCUGAACUUAUACAUGUUCUCCUUCAGGCAGAAAAACAUGAUGAACUUCUUUUAAAGAAUAGUCAUCAACGCCCGGUUGGGGCUGCCCCUCUACCUGAGGUACAUGCAAAUUUUCAGAAAAACAAUAAGUUCAAUGGCUCUUUCAAAGGUCGUAACAAGAACUUUAAGGGUAAUUACAACCGCAACCGCAAGAACAAGCCACAUAAUUCAGACAAGGGAAAAGGCAUAGCAAAGAACAAGUUUGAUAAAACUAAUCUUUGCCAGAAAUGUGGAUGCUACAAGCAUGUCACCAAAAAAUGCCGCACCCCAAAACAUCUGGUAAACCUCUACCUGCAAUCCAUGGGACGUAACAGACCUGCCCAAGGAGCAAGAUAUGAAGCACACUUCAAUCUUCAACCCGAAAACAACAUGGAAGUUGGAUGUUCGCGAGAUGUUCAAGGAGCACCAAGCAACACCGAGGAAUUGCAUGUACCACGGGACUCCAUGGACAAGGAGAAUAUGAUGAUCGAAUACGCCUCCAACGACGUGUUCGGAGACUUUGACUAGUCAAUCAACUCCACUAUAUAGAAUAUUUGUUUACGUUCAUUUGAUUGUUGUAAUAAGAACAUAGUAUUAUUGUUGUUGUCAUCACCGUAUAUUGUAAAGCACAAUAUAUAUUGUAUCAGCACUUUGAUAUCAAUAAAGUUGUAUAUAUUCUAUAUAUCCAAUAAGUCUUUUCAUUGAUGAAAAUUCUACAUUUCAAUAUAUAGAUUUCUACGGGAGUCAAUCCAAAUGGAGGAGAAAAUGUGCCUGUGGAUAGUGGUACCACAAACUCUAUA